AUGGAAGAAGAUUGUGGUGCAUUUUGUAGCAGACUGUGUUGUUCUGUCAUGCUGCUGCCAGUGUGCCUUGUGUUACAAGUCACUUGGUUUGUGUUCUUCAAGAUCCCUCCUCUUAAACUUGUCCAGAAGAUGAAGCAGUUUGCGAAGAGAAGAUGUGGAAGCACCUUAAAACCAGCAAUGGAGGAGGAUGUCAGUUAA